UCCAAAAGAAUAAAGCCACUCAAAUGGCAAUUCAGAAUAAUUGAAAAUUUAGUUUAUAAUCGAUAGCUGGUGUUAAAACAUGGCCAACGUAAGACCAUUGAAUGAGGUGCUGCAAAAAAAUGCCGAAGCCUUGGGAGAGGUCCCCUCACGUUUGGCCGACGAUUUGGCAGCCCUCAAGGAAUGGAUUCGUCAACAGCCUCACUUAAAGGCCAAUACAGAUGAUCAAUUUUUGGUGGCAUUUCUUCGCGGCUGCAAAUACUCUUUGGAACGGGCCAAAUCGAAAAUUGAUAAAUUUUUCACAUUGAAAACAAAGUUCCCGGAAAUUUUCUCAGCCACAGAUGUCAAUGAUCCAAAGUUUAUGGAGAUUUUCCGUCUGGGCAUGUGGUUGUAUCUGCCAACACCUCUAAAUGACAAUGGUCCCAGAAUUGCCAUCAUGCGCAGCGGUCUGUAUUCCACAGAAAAGUACUCUGCCGAAGAGGUGAUGCAAGUUGCCAGCGCCUUACAGGAAAUUCUCAUACUCGAUGAUGAUUAUGCCAAUGUAAAUGGUGUUGUAUUUAUUGGUGAUUUCGAAAAGGCCACAAUGGCUCACUUUCUGCAAUUCACACCAUCGCUAAUGAAGAAAAUGACAGUAUUCUCGGAAGAGGCUAUACCCCUGAGGCCAAAGGCAUCACAUUUUAUUAAGACACCAGCUGGAUUUGAACCCGUCUUCAAUAUGAUCAAACCCAUGAUGUCCGAAAAGCAACAGAAGAGAUUAUUUGUGCACGGCAACAAAAUGGAUGCCUUGAUUAAGGAAAUUCCCUUGAAAUAUUUGCCCAAAGAAUAUGGCGGUGAAAAUGGCUCAAUCGAUGAAAUCCAGGCCGAAUGGGAGAAGAAACUACAGCAAUAUAGUGAAUACUUCAAAAAUAAUGCCCAAUAUGGUACCGAUGAAAAGUUACGUCCCGGCAAAGCCAUUGAUUUUGAUAGCAUGUUCGGUAUUGAGGGUUCAUUCCGUAAAUUGAAUGUUGAUUAGUUUAUGAAUAUUAGUGUAAUACAAAUGACAUCAGAAAAUAAUGAAAAUUUAU